AUGCAAUUCACCAUCCUUGUCACUCUCUUUGCUGCCGUUAUGGGGGCGCAGGCCGCCCCCUACAACCCGCGGUUCGAUGCUCGCUCUGUCGAAACUCGUUCGGGGUGCGACUCGACCGGUCCUUUCGGCGAAGGACACUUUGAAUGGUUCGUCACCGGUUCUUGCACCCCUGGCCAACAGUUCGCAUGCCAGGCGAUGGACGCCUCUGGUUGUGAGCCAGGUCAGACUGGCAAAAUUGGUUCCCUGGAGGUCGACGUAAGCCAAGAUUUAUUUGACUUGAGGAUCCUCCUUCUCAGCCAGAACGUGCAGGACCCCGAUGAUACGCAACAGUUUGCGAAGCAGAGCCAUACCAACAACCUGGUCUUUACCUGCCCUGCUGGAGGACAAGUCCGCUGCCAGGCUAACUUCGAGGACAACUCCGACGGCCCUGGCUACAGCCUCCGCAGUCUACAGAUACACCUCGAACUUGUCUACAUCCAUUUCGACGUCCCCAUAGACGUUCCACGGAGGACACUACAGGCUACAGCGAUCAAAGCUAUCGCGCAGCCGAGAGGGUGCAUCUACUGUGCUCUUGGUAUUGGAUACUACCAUCCACGGCUAGGCGAUGUAUCGUUUGCCGGGCUACUAGUAGCUAUUCGCCUUGUUGUUUCGUGA